AUGUACCGUGUUUCCGUCUCCUUUUGGUCAUUCAUCAUCAUGGGAAUGAACGAUGCUACGUAUGGCGCCAUCAUCCCUUAUUUACAGACCUACUAUAAUCUCAAGUACUCCAUCGUUUCGCUUAUCUUCCUCUCGCCAUUCGUGGGCUACAACUUGUCUGCUCUACUUAACAAUGCGAUACAUAUGAAGUUUGGACAGCGAGGAGUGGCCUUUAUCGGUCCUCUCUGCCAUCUCAUCGCAUACAUUGUGAUAGCUCUGCAUCCGCCUUAUCCCGUCUUGAUCGUAUCCUUCAUCUUCGCGGGCUUUGGCAAUGGCUUGUUGGAUGCAGCAUUGAACGCAUGGUUCGGCUCCAUGGCCCACGCCAACGAAAUGCUUGGUUUCCUCCACGGUUUCUACGGGCUUGGGGCCRCUAUAGCCCCGCUCAUUGCGACGACAAUGAUUACCAAGGGACAUCUGCCCUGGUUCUACUGGUACUACGCAAUGGUCAGUUUCGCCGCUGUAGAGCUUGCCGUCGCCGUCCAUGCUUUCUGGGCUGCGAGUGGUUCUGCUUUUCGCGACGAUAAUCCUCGGACAUCAAACGCCGCUGGCUCGCGGCUCAAGGAAGCUACCCUCACCAUGCCAUCGGCACGUACAACAUGGAUUUGUGCAUUGUUCUUCUUGGGAUACGUUGGAGUUGAAGUUGCUCUCGGAGGCUGGAUUGUCGAGUUCAUGAUCCGCGUAAGGAAUGCAGAGCCUUUCCCAAGUGGAAUGAGUGCUACGGGAUUUUGGCUCGGGAUCACUGUUGGACGUGUCGUCCUUGGCUUCAUAACACCGAGAAUAGGAGAGAAACUGGCAAUCAUGAUCUACCUCCCGGUGGCAAUGGGCUUGCAACUAAUCUUCUGGCUCGUACCCCGAUUUUACGUCUCAGUAGUAGCGGUCGCACUGCAGGGCUUCUUUCUGGGACCCAUGUUCCCAGUGGCAGUGGUAGUCUGCACCAAGAUCCUUCCACGACACUUGCACGUCUCCAGCAUCGGUUUCGCAGCAGCUUUUGGAGGUUCGGGAGGAGCGCUGUUCCCAUACGCCGUAGGAGCAAUUGCACAAGCCAAGGGAGUGCAGGUCCUGCAGCCUAUUGCUUUGGCAUUACUAGCAGCAAUAUUCCUGCUAUGGUUGUGCUUACCGAAAUUGAGCAAAAAGCGAGAGUAG